UUUAAUUUAUUGAUUUUCAACAGGUUGUUUAAUAGUAUGUAUCGACAGAGCAACACGUCUCGUAAAAUCCCAACAAUCGGCAGGAAAAGAAUACGUUUCUGUCUUAAAACUUUUCUCAGCAAUCGAUGGCGGUGUUCCAAAAGUAGUUCAAGCACUCGAAAGACUGCGCGGCGCUUUAUUCCAACGACCCCCAUUAAUAUCCGCUGUAAAACGACAACUCAGAGUGCGUACAGUUUACGACAGCAAGUUGUUUGAAUUUGAUGAAACGAGAAAUAUGGCUGUAUUUUGGGUAAGUUGUGAAGCUGGAUCUUAUAUCAGAACAAUGUGUGUUCAUUUGGGUAUGAUACUUGGUGUUGGUGGUCAAAUGGUUGAAUUACGUCGUGUUCGUUCUGGUAUUCAAACAGAAUUAGACAACAUGGCAACAAUGCAUGAUAUAUUAGAUGCUCAAUGGUUAUAUGAUAAUCAUAAAGAUGAAUCAUAUUUAAGACGUGUUAUUAAACCUUUAGAAGGGUUACUUAUAAAUCACAAAAGAAUUAUUAUGAAAGAUAGUUCUGUUAAUGCAGUUUGCUAUGGUGCUAAAAUCCUGUUACCGGGUAUUUUACGGUAUGACGAUAAUAUCGAAUUGAACCAAGAAAUUGUUAUUGUAACGACAAAAGGUGAAGCUGUCGCUUUAGCUGUAGCAUUAAUGACCACAGCCACAAUUGCCAGUUGUGAUCAUGGAAUUGUGGCGAAAAUAAAAAGGGUAAUAAUGGAACGGGAUACAUAUCCAAGAAAAUGGGGUCUUGGACCAAAAGCUAAACAAAAGAAAAUGUUAAUAGCUAAAGGUCAAUUGGAUAAAUAUGGCAAACCAAAUGAGAAUACCCCAAAAGAAUGGUUAAGUGGAUAUGUUAAUUGGGCUGUACCUGAACAAAAAGAAACAAAAGUACCCAAACAAGAAAUUGUAGAUGAUGAAGAAGAGGGUAGUAAAAAACGGAAGGUGAGUGCGACGGAAAAUGAAAGUGGUGAAGUUGAAACUACACCAAAAGAAAAAAAGAAAAAGAAAAGGAAGACGGUUGAAGAAGUGAGUGAAGUAGCUGCUGAAGAAACUCCUGCUUCCAGUGAAGAACCGGUUGAAAAAGAGAAAAAGAAGAAGAAAAAGAAAGAUAAAAAAAAGGAUUUGGAUGAAUAAUCUUGUUUUCUGAUUUAUUAUUUUAUCUUAAGCUGUAAUAAUGUUUCAAAAUCAAUCUAAAAGAAACAAUGGAAUAAGAAUUA